GUCACCGUCUUCACCUUGUCUGGGUACAGGAAUCUUAACCUGUUUCCCUUUCGAUGGACUGCGUGAUAAAUCACACACUUGACACAGGAUUGCCCCAUCUCUUAGGAACGACUAACCCUUGUCCAAUCGCUGUUCACAAGGAACCUUUCUUCACUUCAGUCCACAAAGUUCACAUUUGUGUAUUUGCUACUACCACCAAGAUCUGCACUAGGCACCAUUUCACCCCGGUUCACACCGCAGGCUGCUUCAUGAUGCCCACGCCCUCCUACUCAUGGCAACAUCGCACUUGCUACCAUGGCCAACCAUCGGUCACUCGCUUCAGCGCCAUCCAUUUUCAGGGCUAGCCGAUUCGGCAGGUGAGUUGUUACACACUCCUUAGCGGGUUUCGACUUCCAUGACCACCGUCCGGCUGUCUGUAUCGGACAACACCCUUUGUGGGAUCUGGGUUAGCGAGUAGUUUGGCACCUUAGGUUAGCUUUCGGUUCAUCCCGCAUCGCCAGUUCUGCUUACCAAAAAUGGCCCACUAGGAAUCUCU